AAGAGUGGCACAGUAAGCUCCUGCAACAUGGACGGCUCAAGCACCCCCAAGGACCUGGAGCUCCGCAGUAAGAGAGAGUGGCGCGGUCAUCCGGGGACGGCGGGGAGUCGGCCCUCCUGCAGCCUGAGCGUCAGCCGCGUGUCCUACUCGGUGAGUGACCGGGUUGGACCCUGGUGGGAUUUGCCUUCUUAUCGUAAGAAAUGGACCCGACAAAUCCUCAAAGAGGUUUCAUUCUAUGUAGAAAGUGGACAAAUCAUGGGCAUUUUGGGAAAUUCUGGCUCGGGGAAGACCACCCUCCUGGACGCCAUCUCCGGGCGGAUUGGAAAUGCUGGGAAUCUCCUCGGUGACGUGUAUGUGAACGGUCAGAAGUUGAAGAGGGAGCAUUUCCAGGACUGUUUCUCCUAUGUUCUGCAGAGUGAUAAUCUGCUCUGCUACUUGACCGUCCAGGAAACGCUGACCUACACUGCCCGGCUGGCACUUCAGAAACACUCCGUGGAGUCCAUCCGCAAGAAGGUGGACUCCGUGAUGGCUGAACUUAGCCUGAGCCACGUGGCGGGGACUGUGAUUGGCGGACGCGUCUUCUCCGGAAUUUCUGGUGGCGAACGACGGCGCGUCUCUAUUGCUGCUCAGCUGCUUCAGGAUCCAAAGCUCAUUUUACUGGAUGAGCCGACCACAGGCCUGGACAGCAUGACGGCCAAUCAGAUUGUGGUCCUGCUUUCGGAGUUGGCCCAAAAAGAUCGGAUUGUCAUCGUCUCCAUCCACCAGCCCAGAUCCGAGCUGUUCAGAGUCUUUAAUCAGAUUGCCAUCAUGAGCUGCGGUGAACUAGUGUUUUGUGGCCAGCCGGAGGAAAUGGUUAACUUUUUCAGUAGCUGCGGGUAUGAGUGUCCGGAGUAUUGCAACCCCUUCUCUUUCACAGUGGACCUCACUUCAGUUGACACGAGGAGCACAGAGCGAGAGGUCGAGACCUUUGACCGAGUCAAGGCCAUCCGGUGUGCCUAUGAGGAGUCCGACAUUUACCAGCGCAUGCUGGACAACAUCGAGGGAGCACGGCAGCAGAGGGAGCGACAUCCUGUCCCCUUCAAAAGCAAAGAAUCUCCCAGCGACCUGUGCAAAUUGUUGGUCCUGCUCAGGCGAAACACAAAGAACCUGUUAAGGAACCGGAUUGGCAUCCUGAUGCGUCUCUUCCAGAACCUGAUCUUUGGGCUCUUCAUAGCAUUCUUUCUCAUGAAACUACACGAGGAUGUUUUGAAAGGUGCUAUACAAGACCGAAUCGGUGUCAUCUACCAGACCAUGGGGGGCACACCAUACACAGGGAUGUUGAAUGCAGUGGCUUUGUUCCCAGCACUGAGGGCAAUCAGUGAUCAGGAAAGUGCCGAUGGCCUGUAUGAGAAAUGGCACAUGUUGCUGGCCUACAUCAUCCACAUUCUGCCGCUCAGUAUCAUUAGUGUGGUCUUCUUCACCACUUUCUUAUACUGGACGGUGGGUAUGUUCCCAGAUUUGAUCCGGUUCAUCUGCUAUACUGCAGUGGUUCUGGUACCCCAUGUCGUAGGAGAACUGCUAGCUCUAGUUCUGCUAGGGAUCAUUCAAAACCCAAAUAUUGUCAACAGUGCCGUUGCCCUGUUCAACAUUGCUGGUAUUCUGGUAGGCUCUGGAUUUCUUAGAAGCUCACAGGAGAUGCCCGAACUUUUCCAGUGGCUCAGUUACCUGACUUUUCAGAAAUAUGGUUGUGAGCUGCUGGUUGUCACAGAGUUCUAUGGGCUAAACUUUACUUGCGGAGAAAAACCCAGCAACCCAGGCACAGGUGUCCACCCCUGUAUCUUCAGCAAUGGCAUCCAGUUCAUAGAGGACGGGUACCCAGGUGCAGUUUCACGGUAUACUCUGGAUUUCCUCAUGCUGUACGCCUUUCUGCCUGCACUUGUUAUCUUGGGGAUCAUCAGUUUCAGCAUUCGAGACUACAUUGCUCAUCGCUAACAAAGAGGACAGCAUUAAGAGUCUCCGAAUUUCAAAUGCAAGUCAAAGAAGCCGUGAAUGACCAGUACUGAGGACUGGAAGGCACAAAUAAUGAGAAAAACAAAUCUGCCACCAAGAACAACUCUGCCUUGUGGACAAAGCUUCUAGCUGCCUUAGGACACAAACACAAGUCUCAGCAUUGUCAGAAUCCUGCAAGACACCAUGGAUGUCACUCGCUGUGACUCACAGUAACCAGCAGGCAGCUCCUCAUUCUUAUUUCAGCAACUAAAUUUGUGUAUGAUGCAGAAAUAUUAAACAUAUUCAUAAUAAAAUUAGUACAAUGUUUUGUAAUGCUAUCUUGCACCACCUAUGAGGUUUUCUUUGCAAAAUGAAAUGUUUAAUUUCAAAUACAUACAGUAUACUUGAGAGUUUGAGUGUUUCAUUCACCCUUCCUAUUUUUUCAAGUGUGGGUUAAAGAGUUCAGACCAAGACAGCGUGUUAAGUAACCACAGGCUGCGGCUCUACCAUACGUGGAGCCAUGUGGUCUUCUUAACAUAUAAAGUGCCUGGAAAAAGUGUUCAAAAUUAUUUAUUUUACAGAACAAUGCAGUAAAUUGUGAAUGGUUUAGGUGAGCAUAAAGUUUAUUAUGUAAUUUUACAAGUGCUCAAUAUGGCCUCCCGCAGCUGUACGGGCAACAUCAAUGCAACGGUCAAAUUCAUCCCAUUCUCGAUUGUCACUGUACUCGCUGCUCUUUCAAUGUGAUUUCUGGAGAUCAUCCAGUGUUGUUAGGAGUGGUGGCACAUAAACAGAAUCCUUACCGUACCCCCACAAAAAAAAAAAAUUCACAUAACGUGAGAUCUGGUGAUCUUGGGGGCCGGAAGUGGGAAGUUGCCAAAUUGUGGGCUCCUUUACGGCCAAUCCAGUGACGAGGGAGCUCGUUCUUGUUGAGAAAUGCGCAGACUGAGGGCAGCCAUCUUGUGGCGACAGCCACAAACUCUCUGACCCCGUCUUUCAAUUGGUACGUGAUUGGUGCGCAGGUGCCUCACGGUUGGAAAAAUAUUUCACUUUGAAAUUGGAUUAAUCUUUUUAAAUCAUCCUGCAUUAAAGGAACAAUGUUUUUUCAGCUGAUCUAUAAAACAAUGUACAUCAUAUCAUAUCAAAAGGAACAAAUGAAA